AUGCCGCUUGUCUUGACUCUGGAAACCUGCUGUACUGUGUGGCGACCUUGGCUGCCAAUCCAGCAUCAACUUCCGAGCUUCCAUUGGGAUAUUGCUACGUACGACUUUUCGGUUGGUAUCGACCCGGACGAGAUCUUUGAUAUCUCAGCAUCGGGGCUUAACGGUGUCCUCAUCAAUGCUGCAACCCGCGCUUGCCUGCCAAUCUUCGAUCUGGCGCAUACUCUAUUGAAGUCCAAGGCACUGAUCCGACCCAGGGCUAAGAUUGCCUCUGUAUUUUCUACGUUUACCUACCUGGCCUAUGCCUACAUGCACAUACAUGACGAGACCAAAUCAACGUACAUCUCAUUGCCUGAGGGGGUCCAGCUAAGUGGUGACGAGCUCAGCCGGAUGGAUGUGGCCAUUGAAAGUCCUGAAAUUACGAUUCUGCUGCUUAGAAGCGAGCGGCACGACGAUCACUUCAUGUUAUUCAACGAGGAACUUAUCUUUCCUAUGAUUGGAACGCUUGGUUCUCCACCUUCUCUUGCCAGGAGUGACAUGGUAUAUUACCAAACGAAUGGGGGCGAGUCUGUGUUUAGUGUGGGAAGUAUCAACUGGAGUAAUUCUCUGACCUGGGAUGGAUAA